UGGAAAUUUCUAGUUAUUUUUGUAAAACUGGCAACAUGCAUCCCAUUCAGCUUUUCUUGCUUGCCUAUCUUCCACAUUUCACUUCAGUACCGGUUUGACCCUUGUCCUUAAAUCACCUUAGGAGUUCCUUGUAACCCACAAUCAAGAUGGGCAGGGAGGACAAGACAUCGUGGAAAGCUAGCUAUUUCGUUAAACUAGUUCAACUUCUGGAUGAAUAUCCCAAGUGCUUCAUUGUCGGAGCAGACAAUGUCGGAUCUAAGCAAUUGCAGCAGAUCCGUCGCUCAUUGAGAGAUCAUGCCGUCGUUCUCAUGGGCAAAAACACCAUGAUCCGCAAAGCCAUUCGCGGACAUCUGGAGAACAACCCAGCAUUGGAGAAGCUUCUUCCUCACAUCAGGGGAAAUGUUGGCUUCGUCUUCACCAAGAACGAUUUGGUGGACGUAAGGGACAGGUUGACUGAGAACCGAGUUCGAGCUCCCGCUCGUGCUGGUGCUUUGGCUCCUAUGCCUGUUGACAUCGAGCCCCAGAACACAGGUCUCGGACCUGAGAAGACUUCUUUCUUCCAGGCUUUGUCCAUCCCAACCAAGAUUUCCAAGGGUACAAUUGAAAUUAUUACGACCGUUAACGUCAUCAAGGAGGGUGAGCGUGUUGAUGCUUCAGCUGCAACCCUCUUGAACAUGCUGAAUAUCUCUCCGUUUACCUACGGAUUGGUGGUUCAACAAGUUUAUGACUCUGGAACUGUAUUCGAGCCGAAAAUCUUGGAUAUCAAGCCUGAAUCUCUUCGUACUCGAUUCUUGGAGGGUGUUCGUAACGUGGCUAGCGUUUCUCUUCGCAUUGGUUACCCAACUUUGGCUUCUGCCCCUCACUCGUUGAUCAAUGGAUUCAAGAACUUGUUGGCUGUUGCUGCCGCAACCAACAUCGAGUUCAAAGAAGCCAUGACGGUCAAGGAAUUCUUGAAGGAUCCCAGCAAGUUCGUUGCUGCCGCCGCUGCUGCUGCACCUGCUGCUUCCGCCGCCCCGGCCGCCGCUGCUGCUGCUGCUCCCAAGAAAGAGGAAAAGAAAGAAGAAUCCGAAGAAGAGGAUGAUGAUAUGGGUUUCGGUCUCUUCGACUAGACGCUCUUGUCAGAUUUUAAUCCAGUUCUGUUUUCAGUUGAUGAAUGUUAUUACAUGGUGAGCUUUGACUCGUGUACCGCGGAUACUUUUAUGAACUGUAAUAAACUGACGAUUAACGGAA